UUUUCAACUUUUAUAUGUGAUCGUUCAGUAGUUUGGGUUAGGGCUGGUAGGGUUUUGUGGAAGGAAAAACCGAGUAGAACUGUAGAAUCAGGGAGGAAGAGAAGGUAGGGGAGAAAGCGAUGAGCCGGAGCUUAGGUAUACCAGUAAAGCUACUGCACGAAGCUGCAGGCCAUGUAGUGACGGUGGAGUUGAAGAGCGGAGAACUCUACAGAGGGGGUAUGAUUGAAUGCGAAGAUAACUGGAAUUGCCAGCUCGAAAAUAUUACCUUCACCGCCAAGGAUGGGAAGGUGUCACAACUUGAGCAUGUUUUCAUCCGAGGUAGCAAAGUCAGGUUUAUGGUCAUACCUGACAUGCUGAAGAAUGCUCCGAUGUUCAGGCGGCUUGAUGCUAGGAUCAAGGGGAAGGGCUCAGCUCUUGGAGUUGGUCGUGGCCGUGCUGUUGCAAUGCGGGCUAGGGCUCAGGCUGCUGGGCGUGGUGCUCCUCCCGGUAGAGGUGUUGCGCCACCUGUACGGAGAUAAUCUCUUGUUUGGACAGGAAUUGUAGUCACUUUUUUUCGUCGAUGGGCAGUACUUACAAGUAUCCCUGUCUUUCAUGGCCCAAGGAGAGGUGGUGCAAGGAAAUAGUUUAUUCUUAGUAUGUUCUUCUGUUUACCCUUAUAAUGCAAUGAUCUGGACACUUAACUGAAAUGUUUAUGGAAUAGUGUACUGAACUACUGGUGUAGGGUUGAAAUUUGACAGGACCCAAGUUACAUUUUUUCCCUGCCCCCUCUCUAAACAUUGGACAUGCAUGUACAUUCGCACAUUCAAGAUAGGGGAAAUCACCAACUGCUGCCU